CUGUUUUACUGUAGUUUGGCACGCGCAUUUACGCUAGGGUGCUCAGACGAAAUCUGCGCUCGCGCUCGAAGUCCAUUUACAGUCCAGUGGUAGAGAGGCCUCGAUCAGCACUUUGGUCCGUCAAUCACACAGUUCGCCCGGUUCGUACAAACGUUAAAUCGUGCUGAGUGCGGCGGUGGUCCCUCGGUGAAACACACAGACAGAGCAGGAGCGGUUUGGAGAGGAAGAAUGGCGGAUUCGAGCAGCACUGCAGCGGUCGGGGCCGCAGGCUCCAACAGCGCUGCUGCUGCUGCUGGGGCGGCUGGCACUGUUGCGCCUGAUGGAGCCCCCGGAGCUGCGGGAUCCAAGCACGGGUCCGAGUACGUGAAGGGCCAGCUUUUUGAUGUGGGCCCCCGAUACACGGACCUAUCUUACAUCGGGGAGGGAGCGUACGGAAUGGUUUGCUCUGCCAUGGACAACUUAUCAAAACAGCGCGUAGCCAUCAAGAAAAUUAGCCCGUUUGAGCACCAGACAUACUGCCAGCGCACACUGAGGGAAAUCAAGAUUCUGCUGCGUUUCCACCACGAGAAUAUCAUUGGCAUCAACGACAUUCUCAGAGCACGGCACAUUGACAACAUGAGAGAUGUCUACAUCGUGCAGACUCUGAUGGAGACAGACCUGUACAAGCUGCUGAAGAGCCAGAGGCUGAGCAACGACCACGUCUGCUACUUCCUUUACCAGAUCCUGCGAGGCCUCAAGUACAUUCACUCAGCCAACGUGUUGCACCGUGACCUCAAGCCCUCCAACCUGCUCAUCAACACCACCUGUGACCUCAAGAUCUGUGACUUUGGCCUGGCACGGAUAGCCGACCCCGAGCACGACCACACAGGGUUCUUGACUGAGUAUGUGGCUACACGUUGGUACCGAGCUCCAGAAAUCAUGCUCAACUCAAAGGGCUACUCUAAGUCCAUUGACAUCUGGUCAGUGGGCUGCAUCCUGGCUGAGAUGUUAUCCAACAAGCCCAUCUUCCCUGGGAAACACUAUUUGGACCAGCUCAACCACAUACUGGACAUCCUUGGCUCUCCAUCUCAAGAAGAUCUGAACUGCAUCAUCAACAUGAAGGCAAGGAACUACCUGCAGUCCCUGCCUCAAAAACCCAGGGUCCCCUGGGAAAAGCUCUUCUGCAAAGCAGGCUCGAAAGCUCUGGACCUGCUGGGCCGCAUGUUGACCUUUAACCCCAUCAAGCGCAUCAGUGUUGAGGAAGCCCUGGCUCAUCCUUACUUGGAGCAGUACUAUGAUCCUACAGAUGAGCCGGUAGCAGAGGAGCCCUUCCCUUUCUCCAUGGAGCUGGAUGACCUUCCCAAAGAGAAACUGAAGGAACUGAUCUUCGAGGAAACGGCUCGUUUCCAGGAAACCUACCAGGGCUCCUGAGAGACACAGCCCUAAAAAGCGACAAAGCCACGCAGAGAGACAAGAAGAUCCCAAUCAACAUGUUAAACAAAAGAAAAAUGCAUCUUCAAGAAACCAACAAAAAGAAAACAAGAAAUAUGAACAUUUAACUGCUUAUCUUCCCAUUUCUACUGCAAGACAGAGCUAACUUUUAAUUUCUGUGCUUGGGUGGGGUGGUAGGGUCUGUCAAACUCGUACUGCUUGUCCAUGUUAGACUCUGCCUCCUCUCGCCUCAUGUCCCGCCUUAUCCUCUCCUCGUCAAACCCCUUUGUUCAUUUCCUCCUCCUUCCUGUUGCUGAUCUGUUGCUCCCUCUCGUAUAAACACAUACUACUGUAUUAACCAACACCUUAACUCUUUUGUUUCACUCCAUGUAAAUGACAACAUGAAAAACAUUGACUUAAAGAACGGUUAGGUAUGUAGAUACAAAAUAUGCUUUGUGUGUGUGUGUGUGUGUGUGUGUGUGUGUGCGCUUGCUGCAGUUUCUGUUUAUACAUCAUGGUUUUUGGGUCAGUUCAGAGUUAUGUUUUGGGGCUUACGUUUGCAUUGCAAGUCAUUUUUGAACACCUGAUUUUGAGACAAACAUUCAGUCUUUCUACUGGCAUGUUGGCAGGUUUUGUUGUUGCAAAUUAUUUUUUUUCUUAAAAGAUUUUAUGAUGUUUAUAUGAAUGCAUGCAUUCCUGAAAUUUACCAAAGUGGUGGAGAGAUGCAAGAAACUUGGCUGGGGAGCAACUAAGGGAUAUCUGUUUUUAAAUUCUAUCUUAAACAUAUUUUGUGACCUACAAUGGCAGACAAACCGAACUCUUCCUUCAUAGGUGGAAGGUCGGGUAUGUUCAGGAGGAACAAAUCAGUUAAAAUGGUUUAAAAUAUAGUUUCUAAAACUGUGUGUUCAUUCAGACACUACAACAAUGAUACCUACAGGAAGCCCCGUUUUCCAGAAUAUCCAUGGUGCUCGUAUUGUGAGAAGAAGAGACUCACCACAAAGUCAUGAUUACCUAUGUGACUUUGUGGUCGACCUUCUGGUAACGUAUGCAGAAAUACCACCAGAACACAGAGAAAAGACCCUGGUGUAGCAUCACUGUGUCGUCCUUAUUUGGCCUCAUCUGUUUUCCAUUGAAUAUACCCAACAUCGCUGAUGAGCCCGUGUUGGUAUUACAUAACAGCUUCCUCAGCUCCCCCGAAUCUGUUGUUUUAGGGAACCCCUACUCCGGACAGUGGGGUCUGGUCAUUUUUCCCGCUGCUGUAUUUGUACCGUCUCUCCAUCUGCUUCUGUUCAUUCCAGGACAACUGUGUGGAGUCACAAGUGUGUGUGUGUGUGUGUGUGUGUGUGCACGCUGGGGCUCAAAUCUGAACUAUUUAUUAUUCAUUAAUUCAAGAGGCCAGUUCAUGUGGUCGAACGCAGCUUCCCACAUGUGUUUUCAGAUUCAUCCUAUAGACUUUUUCCUGGCACACACUUUGACCUGCAGGAAAAGCACAGGUGAAACAAAUACUGCUGAUGAGUCGGUUCCAGUGUCGGUGAGACAGAAUGCACACAACCAGCUCACAUAAAUGGAUGUCCUUUUCAGUUUUAUUAGUACCAUCUGUGCUUUUCCCGCUGUGACAUGCCAAAAUGUCUGCUGUCUGAAUGGAAGUGGCCUGAAUUUGUGAGCUUAGUUGUGAACUUUUUGAAGAACAGCACAGUCUUUAUGACUCUGGAGAAAACUGUACAUGUUACUGAUUAAUCGACAAAACAGUCAAACCCAGGGAUGUUCCAGGAGAGUGUUGUGCUUCCUGCUCAGUGCACAGCCAAGCAGUCAUCAUCACAUCAUGCUUGUGUACAUCCCAGUUUGUGCCCAUUUAGACUUUUCUGUUCCUGUUCCCUUCUCCCUUUCAGUGUUCAUUUUUAUUUUAUUUUUUUUUUCCUGGCUACCUGUUAACAUACUGGAUGUGUAUUGUUCAGUGUGGGUGAUGUCGUGUUGUUUCUCAGAGAUGGCGACUCAUGUUUCUAUGAAUGUGUACUACUUCUGUGUCCUUUGUUCCCGUCUCAUGUUAACACCUACUCCGUCCUUUCUUUGUUCUGGAUGGGACUGUACAUAAUGCUGCUUGGUGGAGCGCCACCCCUAGGUCCAGCUCACUCAGCACAAUUCUUUCCUGUUGCACUGGGACCAGUAA